AUGGUGAUGGAAUUUCCUGAUAACGUGCUAAACCUUGAUGGACAUCAGAAUAAUGUUGAUUAUGUAGGGAUCAGCCCCUGCUACCCGCUGCUGGGCAACGCGCUGCUCUUCGAGCCCAAGGGGGAAGAUUUCUUUAAACAAAUAAUCUUCUAUUUUGAACAACUCAAGAAUGAACCAUUGGUAAAACUUUGGAUAGGACCAUUGCCUUUUCUGCUUUGUUUUCACCCUGAGAAUGUGGAGAUUAUUCUGAGCAGUUCAAAGCACAUAGAUAAAUCCUUUGCAUACAAGUUUCUUCAUCCAUGGCUUGGCACAGGACUUUUAACAAGCACUGGAGAUAAGUGGCGUACCAGGAGAAAAAUGAUAACACCCACCUUCCACUUCACAAUUUUGAAUGAUUUUCUAGAAGUCAUGAAUGAACAGGCCAAUGUUUUGGCAGAUAAAUUUGAAAAAUGUGUUGACAAAGAACCGUUUAAUUGUUUUCUAGACAUCACACUGUGUGCCUUGGAUAUAAUCUGUGAAACUGCAAUGGGCAAGAACAUUGGUGCACAGAACAACAAGGAUUCUGAAUAUGUCCGUGCUAUUUAUAAGAUGAGUGAUGUCAUUCAUCAUAGACAGAAGUCUCCUUGGCUUUGGCCUGAAUUUUUAUACGCUAUGUUUCAAGAAGGAAGGGAACAUAACAGAAGUCUCAGGAUCCUUCACAAUUUUACAGAUAAGGUUAUUAAGGAAAAAGCUUGUGAGCAAAACAAUUGUGAAGAAAGUAAAUGUGACUUAGAUGGCAGCUGUGAACAACGUGGGUCAAAAAAGCGGAGAGCUUUCCUUGACAUGCUUUUGAAUGCAACCAGUGAUGAUGGGAGUAAACUGAGCUAUGCAGACAUUCGAGAGGAAGUGGACACUUUUACGUUUGAGGGGCAUGAUACAACAGCUGCUGCUAUGAGCUGGGUCUUGUACUUACUGGGAUGUUAUCCAGAAGCCCAGAAGAAAGUGGAUAUGGAAUUGGAUGAAGUGUUUGGUGACUCUGACCGUCAUGUUACAAUGGAGGAUUUGAAGAAACUACGGUAUCUUGAGUGUGUUGUUAAGGAAGCCCUUCGUCUUUUCCCUUCAGUGCCAUUCUUUGCCCGGACCUUGAGUCAAGAUUCCUGGAUUAAUGGAUAUAAGGUACCAAAGGGUGUGGAUAUAAUCGUUUCUCCUUAUGCACUGCACAGAAAACAAGAUGUUUUCCCAGAGCCUGAGGAAUUCAGGCCUGAGCGAUUCUUCCCUGAGAAUUGUAUUGGAAGACACCCCUAUGCAUAUGUGCCCUUCUCUGCUGGACCUAGAAACUGCAUCGGCCAGCGUUUUGCACUGAUGGAAGAGAAAACUGUCAUCGCAACCCUUUUACGCCGAUUUUGGGUAGAAGCAAAUCAAAAGAGAGAAGAGCUUGGCUUGGUGGCAGAACUGAUUCUUCGUCCAAAUAAUGGCAUCUGGAUUCAGUUGAAGAGGAGAACAGCUUACAUAUCAUGAGAAAAAAGAGCUUAGAUUCCCAAAUGUAUACUAACGGCAUCCUUAUCUCACUUCUCUCACUUCUUUGAUCAAAUGCCCAGACACAAAAAGGAUUUUAUAGACUUUAAAUAUAUGAAAAAUAUUUCAGAACCUCUAUUUCUUUUCUAAUGUGAUAUUCAAAAUCACGCUCACAAUAUAAUAAUUCUGCCCCAUUCAAAUGUCAAGGUGUCAGUGCACUGGCAGUUGAACAUGAUACUGUCUUAAUACCUAGUAUUUUGGCUCCUUACAUUUUUCAUAGAGACCAUUUUGAAAUGGUCAGUCUUCCAGAUGCAGUAUAGAUCUGGAAGUGAAUUCAUUUUUAAUCUGUCUAUUAUGUGCCUUCUUAGUACCAUGUAGUGUAUAUACAGAAUCUCAUGUAAAAUGUCACAUUAAAAGCAAUGGGGAAAUCCCUGUAGACUGUAACAAGGACUGCAGUCUUAUCAGAAGAAGAUGAUACAUGUUAGCAAGUUUUGCCUUCCAUUAAGCAUUAAGUGUGUACUGGCAUUAAGUACAUUUUCACUGGGCAUGUCUACAUGAGACACUGUGUAGUAGCUUAAUAACACUGAGCAAUAACAUGCUGGUAAAAAACCAUGCUAAUAAGCUACUGUGCAGUGUUAUUAGGCUGCUGCACAGUAACCAUCACAAAAAACCAUGUGCAGGCGCUACUGCGUAGUAACUAGUUACUGUUCAUUUUGUUAGUACUUCAUUAAGCAAGUACUAAACUAAAUACACAGUAACUACUGUGCAUUAAUGAACAUGUAGAUGCAUCCAGUAAAUACGUUUUUUUUUGGCUUCUAACUCCUUAGGGCCUGUAACAGGGUCUGUAAUUAGCACUCUGUUGGUAGUUUUUGAACUCUGUGCAAUUUCCCCAUUUCCAAUAGUUGUUUAAAAACAAGAGACCUAUUCAGUCAGAUCUUUUGAGACAGGGGUUGGCAAUAUUUUAGAGUGAUGGGCUGCUGCGUAUGACCAGGCUGCUUAUCACCCCAUCAGCCUGGACCUCUGGCCCCUCUGUAACACCCACUCUAUGGCAGCCAGGCUGCCUUUGACUGCCUCCAUUGUUCAAUCACUUCUGCCUCCACCACGUGCACUAUGCACCUCUGAUUUCUGUCCCCAACAGCAGUGGCAAGAAGCAAAUUUGGCAGUGAUGGUGUGUACUGAUUGCUGUAGUGGAUGAGGGGACAGAUGCUGUAGGGGGGAAUUGGCUGCACGGCAUGGGGCAGACAAGAGGGUGCACCAGGCUCAGUUGUGUAUCGCCACUCCCCAGUUCAGCCAUGGGCUGGAUCCAAGCACUUUGUGGGCUGGAUCCCAUGAACUACAGGUUGUAAAGUACUGCUUUAAAGGAAUAGCAUAUAAGCAGGACAGUUCAGUGGGGAUUUAGGAUCCAUAAUGAGCUGUCCACAAACUGCCUUUGUUCAUGCUCUAUCCUUGUUGCAAUAGUGUACACUUCGGUGCAAAAGGAAUACAUUACUCUGGAUUAGCUUUCAGUUACUGCAGAAUACAAGUGCAUCCACAGGCACUUGCAAGGAACACGUGCCCUACUGUAAAGGGACCCCUGGUCUCUUUUACCUUGUAACAGCUUGUUUAUGCACUCAUUCACCAAAAUUCUUGAAGGCAAACAAUCUGUCCUACUGAUUACACAUGCUAAACUUUCUGUUCCACACACAACAUCACAUGGGAUGCAUAUAUUAUUCUAGUUCAGUUUGUCUCACUAAUUAUAGUUUUACUAUCUGCAUCCUGCAAUACUUGUAGAUGUGACAGCGUAUUUUCUUAGUUUUACAUGUUAAAAAUGUCUUCUUAUCUUUCACUUGGUUGGCCACUGAUAUUUCAUAGAUUUCUUUAGCUUCUCUUAUUAAUCAGCUACAUUUUAAAAUGAUGAUUUAUAUUCACUGCAGCUUCAUAGAUUCAUAGUAGUUAGGGUCGGAAGGGACCUCAAUAGAUCAUUGAGUCCGGCCCCCUGCAUGGGGAGGAAAGAGUGCUGGGUCUAGAUGACCCCAGCUAGAUGGUUAUCUAACCUCCUCUUGAAGACAAUUUUUAUUACUUAUUAUUACUUUUUCAGUAAUUAAUGAUCAUUGGGGCCUCCACAUGACCUUUUAACAGAAUCUUUUUUCUGAUCACAAUUGUGUGUACAGAACUGGGUUUUUUUUGAGCGUUCAGGAGAAUAUCCUUAAAUAAUAUUCACUGGUAAAUAUUAAUGAAAAAUGUAUAUUGCCAAAUAGUUACAUCAAUAAUUCAUUUAAACUUUUUAAAACUGGACUUUUAAAACUCUAAAUACAUGUUGUGACAGCUGCUUUAAAAUCCUAAAGCAUGCAACAACUAUGAUGUAAAGAUAUGGACAUAAUGGAGCUAUGGAAUAUUCAGAGAUUAUUGCACUGACUUUAUAAAUAUUAUGUGCAGCUUUACUGGCUUGUUGAUUAUUUUCUGCCUAAAUGGUACAAUGGUUUGCUGCAGGAAUUAAAAAAGAACAGGAGGUAAUUAGUGCAAAUUUCCAAUGCAAAAUCAGUGCUGUUACAAGCCUUCUGCAGUUUCAUCCUCCUACAGGGAACAGCCAAACAGACUAGAUCAGUAAUUCUGAACCAGGUGGCAUAAUGCCUUCAAAUCCUUUCAAGUGGUGCCAUGGGGUGCCAUACAAUGUUAUACUUCCACAACUGCAAACUUGAUUCACUAGAUAAACCCAGAGAUUUCAAAGAGGAAUCCAUAGUGUCAAAAACAUUCUGCCCUGGUUGGAAGUCUUUGCAACAGAAGAAUUGUGUUAUUAUUUUUCUGUUGUUAAAAAAAAAAAUGAAAGGAAACUAAGGGCUGGCAUUUUCUGAGGGAUGCCUUGAGCCUAUUAAAUGUUGCCAUGAGCCCACAGAAGGGUGUCUUGACUCAAAAGGUUGAGA